GACCCCCUCUUUACGGCAUUCCUACUACGCGCGACUGGUUACACAGGAUCAUCCCUCGACAAUCUAGGAGAGCAAAGUCCCUGCAGGAGAAGGACCAGCAACCGGCUCGCGAGCAUAUCGAGCAGUAACCUUGUGACUUACAAGACCAGCUCAUCUCCUUUCCGAUUUGAUACCAGACUCCGGCCAUCACAUAGAGUCCUCCAAGUCAUCAAUUGUACCAGACCGGAAAGCAUCUGCUCAUAUCUCGAUCGCGCCUUCCAUCAAUCUCGACCACACUAACACCUUCCUCAUCAACGCUCGACAGCUCUACUCACCAAUACUACCUUCUUCCACAUCCCAAACAUGGCACCCUCACCACCAACCGAAGCCGAGAUCCUACGAUCAUACCUCCUUCACCCUUCUCCUCUAUCAACCAUUCUGCCAUACUCCGCCUUCCAAGCCCUUAUCCCAGCCUCAUCCCGCCAAAAUCUCUCCCUCAAACGUCUAUACCGCGAUCUCCAAUUCCAGCGGAACAUCACCAUCGACGACAUCCGCCGGCGUAUCGAAGACGAAUGCCGACGCAGCACAACGCUAACAGCCCGUCUCGCACGCCAAAUCCGCCGAGAAGAAGAUGAACGGGAACGGCUACGCUCAUCACGCGCCCAACAACGCAACACCAAUACACUUAAGGGGAAACGAACUGCCACCGCCACAGGAUCCACCACGGACAUACACACGAACGAGGGAAUUCCCAGUGGAGUUUCGACACGUAACGCAUACCACGACGAUAAUCAGAACGCCAACAACGAUGAUAGUCACGACAACGACCACCACGAUCACGACGACGACUCCGGACCAGACGCAUACGAACACAACGAUGGGUCAUCAUUUACCGACGCAGGCAUAGAUAUUCACAUCGACGGAACCCUGCACGGCCCGCUGGGAAGUACGUUGCCGAACAAGAGUCAAAACAGUCAUACGACGGAGUCGCUUCUCAAAGGCAUGAAGACGGCAAAAGAAGACUUACAGUCUGAAAUCGAAGCGUUGGAAGCACAGAUUGCCAGCGUCUACAAAGACUGUGAGGAGCGUGUAGGCGGUUUGAGUGAUUUGCGGUAUGGACGGUUUGCGCAGAAUAGAACUAGCACCGAAAGUGCAAACGGGGAAACGAGUAUUGAGGACGAGGUUGUUGGCGCGCUUGAGGAAUUGAGGGCACGUCUACAGCCUGCUAACAGCUGAGAGGGCAAAGGAGAGACGAAAUGUCAGGUUGUAUGUCUUAUAUCGAUGGAUGGUCCACGAGCAACAUGAUAAACGACAUUGUGGCCAGAGUCGCAAGCAGGGUAUGGAUCGCGACUGUAGGACUAACAUAGACUCGUUCUGAUAUGCAACAUUUUGCAGCCUCAUAUGUCAUCAGAGUAAAACUUGUCAAACAGUGAAACCCCUCAACUCGUGUUUAUAUAUCAUCCCACAUGAACAAUAUCACACUCACGCUUCCCGCCUUGAUAUACUCAUAUACUCGGCUGCUCAACUGGUGCAACUCCACGGCCAUUCCUUACUUGUGCGCCUCCAGGACCUUAUCCAUCUCCUCAGCACUGCCCAUAAAAAUACCCGACCGAUCGUGAAUAGUCGUAGGCUUGACCUCCAGCAUCCGGU